AUGCAUCUCUCGAUUCUCGCACUGGUCGGGACGGCCGUCGCCAUCGACGUGUCCGUUCUCUGGAGCCACGACAAAGUGUCGGGAACCAAGUCCCUGCGGGUGUCGGACACCAGCAACCAGCUCAUCGCCCAGAGCUGUUCCGAUACCAUUGAAGGUCCUAUGAGCAUCGAUUUCUCCGGAGUCGAUGAAAAUGGCUUCGGAAACGUCACAGUUGGGACAGACUCGUACCUUGCGCACUCCAAGGUCGAAUACUCGGGUGGCAUCGUCUGCAGCAAGGUAUACAAUGAAGAGUCCGCUGUGGUCGAAUGCCACGAUAUAGACUGGGACCCUCCUGCGGACCCGGUCGUAGAGGCCGACUGCCACGAAAACGCCGAAGUGGACGACUUGGCUAGCCACGUGUCUGCCCGCAGCGCCUCGCCUGCCAGUCACCUCGAGGAGCGAGACCCUCAGAUCGUCUGCACUUCCAGCUCUUCUACUGAACUUAUCGGUGAUGGCAACCCCCACCAGAACUACCGUCAUCAGCAGAUUUCUGAAAACAUCUUCUGCGGUAGCUCUGACACGUGCACUGUCGGCCACGAACAGUCAAAGACGUUCACCGUUGGAUGGACCUCGGAGAUCUCGGCCGAUGGCUGGAUCAGCGGCGGGUUCGAGGUCCAGCAGUCAUGGACGAGCGGCAACGAGUACACCUGCUACGCCCAUACCGGAGAAACUGGCUGCGUCUGGUACAACCUGGCACACACUGCUUAUACCGUCCACAACCACGAGUACAACAGCUGCGUCUGGCCUACCAACAAAUACAGCGAUCCAUUUGUCAUGUGGUCGCCGAACAAGAACAACCGUGGUGGCGGCUACUACUGUGUCAUUGGAACGUGCCGCGCGCAGGGAGACUACUAUUGGGACCUGAAUGGUCGCGCCGGAGGUCCUUGAAUGGCAGCCUGAUGGACCAAGCUAUCUGGAAAACCAGGCAUCGGCAAGUCGAGUGCACAGAUUGCUUGUUCGCUCGCAUGUUUACAUACAAGGGGCCAGUGG